CACAAAGACAUUGUUUAUACUCGAAGCAAUGGAUAGAAUGAAACUAUUGGUGCUAUCCAAUUAAAUCAAUGCCUAAAUAGUUAGUUAAUCUAAUCAAACAUGGUGUGAAAGAGGAUCCCUACCAAUGCACAAGUGUGAGGGUGCAUCUGUUUUGAGUCUGAAAUAGGCUCCUCACACCACAAAGGUUUUAGGGUGGCAGAGUCAGAGGUUAGAGGUCAGGGUCUGAGUAUAGGACAAGACAAGGCCCUACAAGGUAGAAAAUAGAUCCUAGGUCCAUCUGUUAAAAAAACUAACCCAACAGCCACUUAGUAAAUGUCACAUGGGGAGGGAGGCCCCUAUAAAACCACCAGGCGUCCAUGGAGAUCAUCUCAGUCCAUUCAGGAUCUUUACCACCAGCUGUACAGUCAUACCUCAGUGAUCCCCUCUUCGCAAAACACUCAGAAAGAGCACCAUGUGUGACACAGAGGAGUUUGUGGAGGAGUUUGAGGAAGAACAGGAGGAGGUGAAUGAAGAGGAAGAGGAGGAGGCUGAAGAGGAGGUUGAAGAAGAGGCUGAAGAAGAUAAAACUGAGGAGAUAGAGGAUGAGAAAGAUGAGAAAGAGGCAGAGGAGGAAACCAAACCAAAGCCCAAGAUGUUUGUUCCCAACAUUAUGGCACCAAAGCUGCCUGAAGGAGAGAAGGUGGACUUUGAUGACAUCCACCGGAAGCGUGCAGAGAAGGACUUCAAUGAAUUGCAGAGUCUCAUUCAGCUGCACUUCUCCACCAGGCAGAAGGAAGAGGAUGACCUCGUGGCUUUGAAGGACCGCAUUGAGCGGCGUCGGGCUGAUCGUGCUGACCAGCUGCGCAUCAGAGCAGAGCGUGAUCGCGAGAGGCAGACGCGAUUUGCCGAGGAAAGAGCACGGCGUGAAGAGGAGGCCGCCAAACUGCGAGCUGAGGAGGAUGCCAGGAAAAAGAAGAUCCUUUCUAACAAGGGCUACGGUGGCUACCUGCAGAAGGUCGAUCAGAAGAAGGGCAAGAGGAUGACGGAGCGCGAGAAGAAGACCAAAUGUCUGAUGGAGCGUCGCAAACUGCUCAACAUCGAUCAUCUCAACCAGGAGAAGCUUGGUGAUAAAGCCCUUGACCUUUGGAAGUGGCUCAGUCAACUGUAUGCUGAGAAGUUUGAGCUGGCAGAAAAGUUAAAGAGGCAGAAGUAUGACAUCAAUGUUCUGAGGAACCGCGUUAUUGACCAUCAAAGAGGAACUAAGACAACCAAGACCACCAGGAAGUCCUGGAAAUAAAUUAAUCAGA